CCCCGCACCUUCCGCUGGAGUCAUGAGGGUGAGCCGGGCUCUGCAGGUGCUGGGCUUCCUCCUCAGCCUGGCCCGGGGCUCCGAGGUGGGCAACUCGCAGGCAGUCUCCAGCCGUCUAGACCAGUCAGAUCACCGCUCUGUUCCUCCUCCCACUCCCAUGCCAGCCGAGCCCACCUCUUUGGGGUGUCUCUGGGACCGUGGACACCUGAGGGGCGCCGGGGCUGCUGGCUCUGGAGGAGUGUGCCCUGGGACUCUGAACGGGCUGAGCGUGACUGGCGAUGCUGAGAACCAAUACCAGACGCUGCACAAGCUCUAUGAGAAGUGUGAGGUAGUGAUGGGGAACCUGGAGAUCGUGCUCACGGGACACAACGCUGACCUCUCCUUUCUGCAGUGGAUCCGAGAAGUGACCGGCUAUGUCCUCGUGGCCAUGAACGAGUUCUCUACACUGCCACUGCCCAACCUCCGAGUGGUGCGGGGGACCCAGGUCUACGAUGGGAAGUUUGCCAUCUUUGUCAUGUUAAACUACAACACCAACUCUAGCCACGCUCUGCGCCAGCUCCGCCUGACUCAGCUCACCGAGAUUCUGUCAGGGGGUGUUUACAUUGAGAAGAACGAGAAACUCUGUCACAUGGACACAAUCGACUGGAGGGACAUCGUGCGGGACCGGGAUGCUGAGAUCGUGGUGAAGAACAACGGCAAGACCUGUCCCCCCUGUCAUGAGGCCUGCAAGGGGCGAUGCUGGGGUCCUGGGCCAGAAGACUGCCAGACACUGACCAAGACCAUCUGUGCCCCCCAGUGUAACGGUCACUGCUUUGGGCCCAACCCCAACCAGUGCUGCCACGACGAGUGUGCGGGCGGCUGCUCGGGCCCUCAGAACACAGACUGCUUCGCCUGCCGGCUCUUCAAUGACAGCGGGGCCUGUGUACGCCAGUGUCCACAGCCUCUCGUCUACAACAAGCUCACUUUCCAGUUGGAACCCAAUCCCCAUACCAAGUAUCAGUAUGGAGGAGUGUGCGUAGCCAGCUGCCCCCAUAACUUUGUGGUGGAUCAGACGUCUUGUGUCAGGGCCUGUCCUCCUGACAAGAUGGAAGUAGAUAAAAAUGGACUCAAGAUGUGUGAACCUUGUGGGGGUCUGUGCCCGAAAGCCUGUGAGGGGACAGGCUCUGGGAGUCGUUUCCAGACUGUGGACUCGAGCAACAUUGAUGGAUUCGUGAACUGCACCAAGAUCCUGGGCAACCUGGACUUUCUUAUCACUGGCCUCAAUGGAGACCCCUGGCACAAGAUCCCUGCUCUGGACCCUGAGAAGCUCAAUGUCUUUCGGACAGUGCGGGAGAUCACGGGUUACCUGAACAUCCAGUCCUGGCCUCCCCACAUGCACAACUUCAGUGUCUUUUCAAACCUGACGACCAUUGGGGGCCGAAGCCUCUACAAUCGGGGCUUCUCACUGUUGAUCAUGAAGAACUUGAAUGUAACGUCUCUGGGCUUCCGAUCCCUGAAAGAAAUCAGUGCUGGGCGUAUCUACAUCAGCGCCAACAAGCAGCUGUGCUACCACCAUGCCCUGAACUGGACCAGGCUGCUUCGGGGGCCUUCAGAAGAGAGGCUGGACAUCAAGCAUAAUCGGCCCCGCAGAGAAUGCGUGGCUGAGGGCAAAGUGUGUGAUCCACUGUGCUCUGGGGGAUGCUGGGGCCCAGGCCCUGGCCAGUGCCUAUCCUGCCAGAACUACAGCCGAGGCGGCGUCUGUGUCACCCACUGCAACUUCUUGAACGGGGAGCCUCGUGAGUUUGCCCGUGACGCCGAGUGCUUCUCUUGCCACCCGGAGUGCCAGCCCGUGGAGGGCAGCGCCACAUGCAAUGGCUCGGGCUCUGAUGCCUGUGCCCGGUGUGCCAGUUUCCGAGACGGGCCCCACUGUGUGAGCAGCUGCCCCUUUGGAGUCCUCGGUGCCAAGGGCCCCAUCUACAAGUACCCAGAUACCCAGAAUGAAUGCCGGCCCUGUCACGAGAACUGCACCCAGGGGUGUAAGGGACCAGAGCUACAAGACUGUUUAGGCCAACUGCUGCCACUGAUCAGCAAAACCCAUCUGGCAAUGGCCUUAACUUUGGUAGUAGGGUUGGCGGUGAUUUUCCUGAUCCUGGGCAGCACUUUUCUCUAUUGGCGUGGACGCCAGAUUCAGAAUAAGAGGGCAAUGAGACGCUACCUGGAACGGGGUGAGAGUGUAGAGCCUCUGGAUCCCAGUGAGAAGGCUAACAAAGUCUUGGCCCGAGUCUUCAAAGAAACGGAGCUGAGGAAGCUUAAAGUGCUGGGCUCCGGUAUCUUCGGAAGUGUGCACAAAGGUGUGUGGAUUCCUGAGGGUGAAUCAAUCAAGAUUCCAGUCUGCAUUAAAGUCAUUGAGGACAAGAGCGGCCGGCAAAGCUUUCAAGCUGUGACGGACCACAUGCUGGCCAUCGGCAGCCUCGACCAUGCCCACAUUGUGCGGCUGCUGGGGCUGUGUCCGGGGCCAUCGCUGCAGCUCGUCACGCAGUACUUGCCUCUGGGCUCCCUGCUGGACCACGUGAAGCAACACCGGGCGGCGCUGGGGCCUCAGCUGCUGCUCAACUGGGGAGUGCAGAUUGCCAAAGGAAUGUACUACCUUGAGGAACAUGGCAUGGUGCAUAGGAACCUGGCUGCCCGAAAUGUGCUACUGAAAUCACCCAGCCAGGUUCAGGUGGCAGAUUUUGGGGUUGCUGACUUGCUGCCCCCUGAUGAUAAGCAGCUACUGUACAGUGAAGCCAAGACUCCAAUUAAGUGGAUGGCCCUGGAGAGUAUCCAUUUUGGGAAAUACACACACCAGAGUGACGUCUGGAGCUAUGGAGUGACAGUUUGGGAGCUGAUGACCUUUGGGGCAGAGCCCUACGCAGGGCUGCGACUGGCUGAAAUACCAGACCUGCUGGAGAAGGGGGAGCGGUUGGCACAGCCCCAGAUCUGUACCAUUGAUGUCUACAUGGUCAUGGUCAAGUGUUGGAUGAUUGAUGAGAACAUUCGACCGACCUUUAAAGAACUAGCCAAUGAGUUCACCAGGAUGGCCCGAGACCCACCACGGUAUCUGGUCAUAAAGAGAGAGAGUGGGCCUGGAACUUCCCCUGGGGCAGAGCCCCCACCUCUGACGAACAAGGAACUGGAGGAAGUAGAGUUGGAGCCAGAACUAGACCUGGACCUGGAGCUGGAGGCAGAGGAGGAGAAUCUGGCCACCACACUAGGCUCUGCCCUUAGCCUGCCAGUGGGAACACUUAAUCGACCACGUGGGAGCCAGAGCCUUAUAAGCCCAUCAUCUGGAUAUAUGCCUAUGAACCAGGGAAAUCUUGGGGAGCUUGGCCAGGAGUCUGCAGUUUUUGGAGGCAAUGAACGGUACCCCCGGCCAGCCUCUCUGCACCCAGUGCCACGGGGACGCCUGGCAUCAGAAUCAUCGGAGGGCCAUGUGACAGGCUCCGAGGCUGAGCUCCAGGAGAAGGUGUCUAUGUGCAGAAGCCGGAGCCGGAGCCCGCGGCCAAGAGGGGACAGUGCCUACCAUUCCCAGCGCCAUAGCCUGCUUACUCCUGUCACUCCACAGUCCCCCCCAGGCUUAGAGGAAGAGGAUGUCAAUGGUUAUGUCAUGCCAGAUGCACACAUCAAAGGUACCUCCUCCCGGGAAGGCACUCUUUCUUCAGUGGGUCUCAGUUCUGUUCUGGGUACAGAAGAUGACGACGAUGAGGAAUAUGAAUACAUGAACCGGAGGAGAAGGUGCAGCCCAUCUCGUCCCCCGAGGCCAAGUUCCCUCGAGGAGCUGGGUUACGAGUACAUGGAUGUGGGGUCAGACCUCAGUGCCUCCCUGGGCAGCACACAGAGCUGCCCGCUCAACCCUGCACCCAACACGCCCAAUGCCAGCACAGCCCCAGACGAGGACUACGAAUACAUGAAUCGACGACGCGGUGGAGGAGGCCCUGGGGGGGACUAUGCGGCCAUGGACGCCUGCCCAGCCUCUGAGCAAGGGUAUGAAGAGAUGAGAGCUUUCCAGGGGCCUGUAUUCCACGGUCCCCAGGUCCACUAUGCCCGCCUCAAAACUUUACGUAGUUUAGAAGCCACUGACUCUGCCUUUGACAACCCUGAUUACUGGCAUAGCAGGCUUUUCCCCAAAGCUAAUGCCCAGAGAAUAUAACCCCUGCUCGCUGAGGUGCUCAGGGAGCGUUUGAUGGCAGCUAGUGCCUUUGGAGAGUACUCUCUUCUUGGUCUCUCUCCCUCACAGGUCUCAGCCCCAUUUCCUAGUCCUAGACAAUUCCAUUCAAAGUUUGGAGGCCUUAAACACUUUGACACAAAUUUCUUUGGUUAUGUAGCCAGCUGUGCACUUUUUCUCUUUCCUGAUCCCAGGAAAGGAGAUGGUUUUCCCUAUUUUGUGUGCUUUCCCAAUCCCAUUCCUCAGCUUCCUCAGGGGAACUCCCUGGAGAUAUGAAGGAUUACUCCUGUCCUUUUUUCUUAGACUCUGACUCGUUGACACGAGGCUUUAAAGUAUGCCUUUAUUUCCCUUUAGACUUUAAAGGAAGAGGAAAGGGGGGAACCUGGCAGGGGAAAGGAAAAUUUUGGCUUACGAUCCUUAACCCCGCAGAAAGAAUGAGAAGUGAAAUCUUGUGGAGUGAAGAAAGAGGUUGGGAGUAGAUAUUAAUGAUUAUUAAUUGAGCGUUUACUAUGUGCCAAGCAUCCUGCUAAACUUUACCUAUAUCUCACUUCAUCCUUCACACCAACUCUGUGACCUAGGUAUAAUCCUAUUUUACAAAUAAGGAAACUGAGCCUUAAAGAGGGACUUCCCUGAUGGCUCAGUGGGUAAAGAAUCCGCCUGCAAUUCAGGAGACACAGGAGACACGGGUUCGAUCCCUGGGUCGGGUAGAUCCCCUGGAGGAGGGAAUGGCAACCCACUCCAGUAUUCUAGCCUGGAGAAUCCAAUGGACAGAGGAGCCUUAGAGAGAUUAAAUAAAUCAAGUAGCAGGUCCAUGAUUAAAAAUCUUCCAAUGCACGAGCUCUUACUAUAAGGUAUCAAGGAAAACUGAUGUAAGCCAGAGCCCUGGUAAGGAGCAUUGUCUUCUUGUUUUUGCACUGAAUCAAGUCUAACUCCAACAACUACUGUAGCCUCCUCCUUCACCCUGACUUCUUAUCCUAGGAAGUGGAAGGGGGUGGUCAGAAGGAAAAAUAACUGGAUAUCUCUGUGUAAACCGUAGCCUACAUGUGCUGUAUAUGAGCUCCACCCAAGGGACAGAUUCACAGGGGUCCCAAGAGCCACUUUCAGGAGCUAUUCUCAUUCAGUCGUGGGAAGCUUCCAGUAGGAAUAGAAAGAGGACCCAGCUUCAGACCUCUGUCCCUUUGGAUGGGAAACUGGGGUAUCUUUAUCUCUGAAAUUUUUUGUUUUGUUUUUAUACGUCUGAAUAAAAAUGCCAAAGUUUUGCAGCUUUCUGCCCGUCAAAUGAAAA